GCUUUACGGCAGAUGCGCUUUACGGCAGGGCGCAGCACACGUAUUAAAACAAUAAUACGUUGUAUAUUUAUUUAACGUUUAUGAUGUUUUUGAAUGAAAUACAGAAUUUAAGAGCUUAUAUUGCAGUUAUAUUGUAUUGAUAAGGUGAUCAUCGAAUUCCGUCUAGUUGUGUUACGUGUUUGCAGUAGUGUCGCACUGACAGAAAACAUGGCGAGCUUGGCUGAUGUGGGCUGGAAGCUCCUGGAGUUCAGAGCCCGAACUAAAAGAUCAGGCUCCAUCUAUGAACCGCUCCAGCUGUCCUUCCUCCAUCGGGAGGAUGAACCACUGUGGGAGAAACUGGACCACUACUACAAGUCAGUGAAGGCCACCAUCCUGAACUACCAGAGUCCAACCACAGGCCUGUUCCCCGUCAAGACAUGCUCCUCCUGCAAGGAGGCCCGUGUGAGGGACUCCCUGUACUGUGCUGCUGGCUCCUGGGCCCUGGCCCUGGCCUACAGGAGGAUCGAUGACGACAUGGGGCGGACCCACGAGCUGGAGCACUCGGCCAUCAAAUGCAUGAGAGGCGUCCUGUACUGCUACAUGAGGCAGGCUGACAAGGUGGAGCAGUUCAAGCAGGACCCCAGCCCCUCCAAGUGUCUGCACUCCGUGUUCCAUGUGGACACCGGGGACGAGAUGCUCUCCUGCAGCGACUACAGCCACUUACAGAUCGAUGCCGUAUCUCUGUUCUUGCUCUACCUGGUGGAGAUGAUCUGCUCCGGGCUCCAGAUCAUUUACAACACUGAUGAGGUGUCUUUCAUCCAGAACCUGGUGUUCUGCGUGGAGAGGGCGUACCGCAUGCCGGACUACGGCAUGUGGGAGAGAGGAAGCAAGUACAACAACGGAGGCACCGAGCUCCACUCCAGUUCGGUGGGCCUGGCCAAGUCUGCCCUGGAGGCCAUCAACGGAUUCAACCUGUUUGGAAAUCAGGGCUGCUCCUGGUCGGUGAUCUUCGUGGACCUGGAUGCCCACAACAGGAACCGUCAGACCCUGUGCUCCCUGCUGCCCAGAGAGUCCCGCUCACAUAACACGGACGCGGCGCUGCUGCCCACCAUCAGCUACCCGGCCUUCGCGGUGGACGACGACGCGCUCUACAGCCAGACGCUGGACAAGAUCGUCCGCAAGCUGAGGGGGAAGUACGGCUUCAAGCGCUUCCUCCGGGACGGCUACCGCACGGCCAACGAGGACAAGAACCGCCGCUACUACAAGCCCGCCGAGAUGAAGCUUUUUGAUGGAAUCGAAUGCGAGUUCCCCAUCUUCUUCAUCUACAUGAUAAUCGACGGUGUGUUCAGAGGAAACAAAGACCAGGUGAAGGAGUACCAGGACCUGCUGCAGCCGGUCAUCUUCCGCUCUCCUGAAGGCCACGCCGUGGUCCCUAAGUAUUACUACGUCCCUGCUGACUUUGUGGAGGCGGAGCAGAAGAAGCACGGGAGCCAGAAGCGUUUCCCUAGCAACGCGGGCGGCGACGGGAGGUACUUCCUGUGGGGUCAGGCCCUCUUCAACAUCGCCCAGCUGCUCGUGGACGAGCUCAUCAGCCCUAAGGACAUCGACCCUCUCCACCGCUACGUUCCCCGUCAGGACCAGCGCAACGUCAGCAUGCGCUACUCCAACCAGGGCCCCAUAGAGAACGACGUGGUGAUCCAUGUGGCCCUGAUUGCCGAGAGCCAGAGACUACAGGUGUUCCUCAACACCUAUGGGAUUCAGACUCAGACCCCCCAACAGGUGGAACCCAUUCAGAUCUGGCCUCAGAAAGAGCUGGUCAAGGCAUAUCGUUUCCUGGCUGUCAAUCAGAAGCUUGGGCUGAGUGGGCGUCCAGAGAGACCAGUGGGCUGCAUCGGGACCUGCAAGAUCUAUCGUAUCCUGGGUAAGACGGUGGUCUGCUACCCCAUCGUGUUCGACCUCAGCGACUUCUACCUGUCCCAGGACGUCAUGCUGCUGAUCGACGACAUCAAGAAUGCCCUGCAGUUCAUCAAGCAGUGCUGGAAGAUGCAGGGACGCCCUCUAUUCCUGGUCCUCAUCCGGGAGGAUAACAUCAAGGGGAGUCGCUUCAACCCGGUCCUCGACAUGCUGGCUUCCUUCAAGAAGGGCAACAUCGGGGGGGUCAAGGUUCACGUGGACAGACUGCAGACCCUGAUAUCCGGAGCUGUCGUGGAGCAGCUGGACUUCCUCCGCGUCAACGAGGCAGAGAUCCCUGAGUUCCAGGCCCUGGAGGAGCUGGCUCUGCCCAAACACUCGAAGGUGAAGCGGCAGUCCAGCACGCCCAAUGCCUCGGAUCUCGAACAGCAGCCCGAGGUCGACGCCCACGAGUGGAACCAUCGGCCCACCCACGAGAUCAUGCUCAAGUUCCACGAGUCAGACUGUCUGGCAAGCCAGGCUCAGCUGGCUGCCAUUCUCCUCCGAAGGGAAGGGCCUCACCUGCUGGCCAAUGACGAGAACCUGCUGGAAGAGCUGGAGAAGAUUUAUCGAAGAGCUGGAACCAAGAAGCUUUGGCUGGCAGUGCGCCAGGCGGCGGCCACACUAAAGAAGUUUGCCAGCUCUAUCGCGCCGCACAUCACCACUAUCCUGGUGCAUGGGAAACAGGUGACCCUGGGCGUGUUCGGCCAGGAGGAGGAGGUGGUCUCCAAGCCGCUGUCCCCGGGGGAGAUCAAGGCCUUGCUGUACCUGCGCUGCGCCCCAGAGGGGGGAGAGAGUCAGGCCGUGCUGCAGCAGGAGCUGCUGAUCCACAUCGGCUGGAUCAUCUCCAACAGCCCCCAGCUGUUCAGCGGCAUGCUCAACAUCAGGAUCGGCUGGAUCCUCCAGGCCAUGCAGCACGAGCUGAAGAUCCGUGCGGGGGAACUGCCGUCCCAGGAUGUGUACCAGCUGUCCCCCAGCGACGUCAAGCAGCUGCUGCUGGACGUACUGCAGCCGCAGAUCAGCAGCAGGUCCUGGCUGAACCGGCGUCAGAUCGACGGCUCUCUGAACCGCAGCCCCCCGGGGUUCUACGACCGCGUCUGGCAGAUCCUGGAGCGGACCCCCCACGGGAUCCUGGUGGCCGGGACCCAUCUGCCCCAGCAACCCACCCUGUCCGACAUGACCAUGUACGAGAUGAACUUCUCCCUGCUGGUUGAAGACACGCUGCAGAGAAUCGUCCUCCCAGAGUACAGACAGAUCAUCGUGGAGCUGCUGAUGGUGGUGUCCAUCGUGCUGGAGAGAAACCCGGAGCUGGAGUUUGCUGAGAAGGUGGACCUGGAUGGUCUGGUGAAGGAGGCCUUCAUGGACUUCCAGCGGGAUGCCAGUGGCCUGCAGGGCAAAGAGAAACAGGACAGCAUGGAGGCGUUCUACAACAGCCAGCCCAUGGGGCAGAGGGGCACCUCCUCCUACCUCAGCAAGGCCGUCAUCGUACAGCUGCUGCAGGGAGAGCUCAAGCCCUGCAGGGAGGACCCCUGCUCCGUCAGCUAGACCCCCCAGCCUCCACCCUUGGGGUGUAGCUAGUGCUGGUGGAGCAUGACCUGUGUGUAUUAAAUAGCGUUGGCGUCCUUCAGGAUUCAAUGAUUUAGUUUCUGAAGAAGAGGCUCUCUGUCUAGUCUCCCUUGGGGGCCUCGCCUGGGGGACCCCAGCGCCAUGUUGACCCCUGACCCCUGGUCUACUGCCAGCAUGGAACCCCUCCACACUAGCCUUCCUUCAUAACAAAGGCAACCCUUGACAGAGCAUAUAGAUAUAAUAUAUAGAAAAAAUAUACAUACAUUCUAGAGUUUAAAUGAUCCAGUACACUGUUAUGAGAUGAGGGGAGUAUCAUGAGAUAGAAAUGAAUAACAUUUUUAACCAACCCCAGGCUCAAAUCCCUUUCAGAAGGAUACUUGAUUUGCUAACUCAGCGUGAAACCAGUUUUUGAAUGAGCCUGCAGAGCUCUAGACGAGGGCCUUGCUCAGCAGGAUUCUUUAAGGCUGUGUAUGCGGAGACACCAGACAGUAGCUGUUGUCUUCAGGAGGCUUUGAGGGCCGGUUGGGAGUGAAGCGCCUGAACAGCGUCUCUCUGCUCUCCAUCUAUAUUGUGUGUUACUGUACGUUUAUUGUGUUGUUCACCGAUUUGAUCCACAUAAAGCCUUGAUGAUCUU